ACGACAACCAUGGGCGAUUAGCUUACGAAAGCCAAAAGAAAGUCUAUAAAUUUGUACAAGUUUUUGCCUGUGGACCUUAAGCGUUUCAAAAAGCUGCUUCCUUUAGGUCAAAACCACAGAGGGAAGCGAGGUUUUUCGCUUUUUAAAGCACAUAUUCUCUCUCUAGCCUCUAAUGGCGGCUCGGAGAUAGAGAGUUAGGAGGGCAUUUUGCUUCUGAACCGGCUUCACGGCUUUAGAUCCCAUCCAGUUUCUUUUUCUCCUCUUUCGCUGUACCCUCCUCCUUGCGCGCGUUAGACCCAUCUUAUCUUGUUAAGAACAGAGAGGAUCGUGAACCCAGCCGCCUGGAUCUGGGAAACCCUAGAGGCGAGCGCUCGGUAGGGGAAAAUAGGGGGUAUGUGGAGAAAAGCGAAGGUUGCGCUAGGGCUGAACCUGUGCGUAUUCGAGCCGAGGACUAGGGAUGAGGAGGAGAACCUGCGGUCGGGAACUGGGAGGACGUCGGACGCAUCCGCUGUAAUGGCUGGCGCUUCCAUGGCGUCUUCCGGCAGUGGUUCAGACCAAGGAUUUCUCUCGCUGAUGCCGAUUGCCUCGACCCCAGCCUCCUCCUGUCUCCGGUUGUCCAAGUCUGGGAGCAGAUCAUACAAGAAAACCUGUGCUAUAUGCUUGGAGAGCAUGAAAGCAGGCCAUGGUGCCCUCUUUACUGGAGAAUGUUCACACGCCUUUCACUUCAACUGUAUUGCUUCCAAUGUCAAACAUGGCAAUUGUGUGUGCCCUAUUUGCAGGGCUAAAUGGAAGGAGAUCCCUUUCUUAGGUCCUACUUACUCUGAUCUUCCUCAUGUAAGAGCUAGAGUAAAUCCGGCGAACUGGCCACAAGAUGAUAGUACAAUAACGCUUUUACGGCGGCUUCCUCGUACAGAUUUAUCCAACCGGCAAAAUCCGCUGGCUUCUCUUUUAAACAUCUCUGAACCAAAUGUUUAUGAUGAUGAUGAGCCUAUAGGGUUUCUUACUGAAGCUCCUGAGCAUGGAUUGACCAGUACAAUUGAUGUUAAAGCAUACCCCGAAUAUUCUGCCAUUCCAAAGAUGGCUUCUGAAGAAUCUUUUUCUAUAUUGAUCCACCUAAAGGCCCCUUGCGCUGUUGCAAGUCCCAUUGCUUGUGGGAAUCAGAAUGCGAGUCUAACCACACAUCAACCUUCUCGGGCACCUAUUGAUCUGGUCACAGUGCUUGAUAUCAGUGGAAGCAUGGCUGGCACAAAGCUUGCAUUGCUGAAGCGGGCUAUGGGAUUUGUUAUCCAGAAUCUUGGCUCUUCCGAUCGACUCUCGGUUGUUGCUUUCUCUUCUACCGCACGACGUCUUUUGCCUCUUCGCCGUAUGACUGAGUCUGGCAGGCAGCUUGUAUUGCAGGCUGUAAAUUCCCUGGUUUCGAGUGGUGGCACCAACAUCGCUGAUGGACUCAGGAAAGGCGCCAAAGUGAUCGAAGAACGAAAGGAGAAAAACUCAGUUUGCAGCAUUAUACUCCUCUCUGAUGGGCAAGACACCUACACCGUAUCCUCGAGCGGCAAUGGAGUCAACCGUCCUAUUCCGGACUACCAAUCUCUGGUCCCAUCUUCCAUCCGUUGCAAUGCCGGCCAUCAAAUUCCAGUUCAUGCUUUUGGUUUUGGCGCAGACCAUGAUUCUUUCUCCAUGCAUUCUAUCUCAGAGAUUUCAGGCGGGACCUUUUCGUUCAUAGAGUCCGAGUGCGCAAUUCAGGACGCCUUUGCACAGUGCAUUGGUGGCCUCCUUAGUGUUGUGGUACAAGAAUUGAUUGUUCAAGUUGAGUGCCUACACCCUGGCAUCCACCUUGCUCCGAUAAGAUCAGGUAGUUAUGCCAAUCAAGUUGUUGAUGGAAUGAAGGGUUCUAUCAGUGUUGGAGAUCUGUAUGCAGAUGAAGAAAGAGACUUUCUUGUUUCUGUAAACGUCCCACCAGUGACUGAUGAAGAGAUUGUUCUACUCAAAGUUGGUUGCUCCUACAGAGAUCCGUUAUCAAAAGAAGUGGUGACUUUGAACAGUAAAGAUGUGAUAAUUCAAAGGCCAGAAGCAGUAUCAGAAAGAGUUAUGUCCAUCGAAGUAGACCGGGAGAGGAAUCGAAUCUGCGCGGCAGAGACCAUUGCUGAAGCAAGGGCGGCAGCGGAGCGAGGCGCUCUUUCUGAAGCAGUAUUGAUUCUUGAGGCUCGCCGGGUGAUUCUCUCGGAGUCCAUGGCAGGAAAGUCUGGUGAUCAGCUAUGUGCUGCCCUGAAUGCUGAACUGAGAGAGAUGCAGGAGAGGAUGGAAAGCAGGCAGAGGUAUGAAGAAUCUGGAAGAGCUUAUGUGCUUUCAGGACUGAGCUCUCAUUCAUGGCAGAGGGCAACUGCGCGGGGGAACUCAACAGAUAGUUCCAGCCUCCUCCAUUCUUACCAGACACCAUCAAUGGUUGACAUGCUUCAUCGCUCACAAACUUUAUGUCCAUCUCCAAGGCAUUCAAGGCCAACCAUCAGGCCUGCAAGGUCCUUUCCCUCCCGUCCAGAUCCAAGGUAAUUUCAGCAUUGUAGAUCUGCAAACAUUCCACUGCUCCUUUUUUGUUUUUUUGUUUUGGUUUUUUCUGUUCUUCCUUGCCUCUCUUGAGUAUUGAGAAUUGAGAUAGUGGGAAGGGAAUAUUGGAUAAAAAAGGGUAAAGGGAAGGGAAAGAACUCAACGGUCUUACAUGGUGGGGUAUACUCCUGUCUUGUAAAUGAAUAAAGUUAGCUAUUGUGUGGUGGGAAAAUGGAGAAUGUGAAGGUGCUAAGGGAGGAGAAAGAGUGGUGAAGGAAUGGUUAAGGUUGGUUAAGGGGUGAUUUGUUCUUCGUUUUUAUGCUUUAAUUGAUGUGCAUAGAAAAGCUUUUUCCCUUAGGAGGAGCAUUUGGUUUUGGUUGUAAUCUGUGGCAUAUUUGGGUUUUGUAUUGUUCUCAUACUUUCUGUUAUCUCUAUAUCAGUUUUCCCUUAGGAGGAGCAUUGGUUGA